AUGGAGCAAAGCACUCUUACCCGCCGAGGCGUCGGUCUUCGAGGUGUUGAUCACAGCCAGGUGGCGCCCGGCUACCUACUUUAUACCCACCUUACCAGCCCCGGCACGGUUCGACUGAUUGCCAAUGAUGGUAUGGAAGUCCACCGCUGGAACCUUCCCUAUCGGCCUGGCCGUCACGCUCGCAUCCUUCCUAAUGGCAAUCUGGCAUACAAUGGGGCUCACCCUGAUGCACCGAGACUGUUCCCUAUGUGGCAGAAAUAUCGGGGUGGUGUCAUGAUGCAAGUCGACCCUCGCGGCAAAGUCAUCUCUGAGCAUCGAGACUCUCUGGCACACCAUGACCAGCACCACCUCGAUAACGGACAGCUGCUGUACACAACCGUGGAAGCUCUCACACCUGAGCAAGCUACAACCAUACCGGGCGGCAUCUCGGGCUCAGAGGCACCAGACGGCAAUGUCUUCGCGGAUUGCAUCAAAUUGGUAGACCCCGCGGAUAAGGGGAAAGUUCUAUUCCAUUGGCGCGCCAUCGACCACCUCGACCCGGAGAAGUUUCCCCUCCAUCCUCACUUCGCCCGAGAACACUGGCCCCUAAUCAACAGUGUCCAAUUGCUCAAGGAUGGCAAUAUCCUUGCCUCGCUUCGAAGUGUCUCAGCAGUCGUCGUCAUCAGCCGCGAGACCGGUGAAAUCAUGUGGCACCUCGACAGCACGGUCGUAGCCCAACAGCACUGCGCAAGCGAACUCGAUGAUGGCAGUAUUCUGAUCUUCGACAACGGCACAUUCCGAUACCGAGAGAGCUCGACCUAUUCCCGCGUCAUCCAGGUCGACCGGGCCACCAAGAAGAUAGUCUGGGAGUACCGCGACCGCUCUAUGCCCAACGCGUUCUUCUCGCCAUUCAUGGGCGGCGCUCAACGACUCAAGAACGGCAAUACUUUGAUUACAGAGGCCGUCUUCGGGCGCAUGUUCGAAGUCACCCCUGCGGGACAGAUCUGCUUCGAAUAUGUAAACCCUCAUUUUGCGGAUUACAAGCAACUGAACGCGCCGGAGCUGGUCGACAUUGGGUUUGAUUUCCCUGCGAAUGCCGUAUUCCGAGCGUACAAGUAUACGCCGGAGGAGGUGCCUUGGUUGCAGCUGCCGAAUUGA